AUGACCAGGAAGAGGAUACACUGGGUCCCCAGGUCUUCUGGUGGCCUCGUGAAUCUUGGCAUGGACAUGAGCAAUGACAUGGUUUCAGGACUCAGCUAUAAAACUUACACCCUAGAAGACAGCCCCUGGAGCCAGCAGGUGAGGAAGCCUGAGACACGAGGGACAGCAACAGAGCUCCAUUGGGGGAAGUAUGAUGCUGCCUGGAGAACCAUGAUUCCCUUCCGUCCCAAGCCACAGUUUCCUGCCCCUCAGCCCAUGGAUGAUGCUGGCCUCUUCUCCUACUUCACGUUGUCAUGGCUCACCCCACUCAUGGUCCUAGGUUUGCAGAGACGCUUAGAUGAGAACACCAUCCCCCAGCUGUCGGUCCAUGAUGCCUCAGACAAAAAUGCUAAAAGGCUCUGCCUCCUUUGGGAAGAAGAAGUCUCAAAGCAUGGGAUUGAAAAAGCUUCAGUGCUCCGAGUGAUGAUGAGGUUUCAAAGAACAAGGGCUAUUUUGGAUGUAUUUCUGUGUUGCUGCUUCUCUGCCAUGAGCGUGCUAGGGCCGAUGCUGGUUAUACCAAAGAUCCUGGAAUAUUCUGAAAAGCAGUCGGGGAGUAUUGCCUAUGGAGUAGGCCUCUGCUUUGCCCUCUUUCUCAUUGAGUGCAUGAAGUCCCUGUGUCUGUGUUCCUGCUGGGUCUUCAACCAGCGCACAGGCAUCAGGUUUCGUUCUGCUGUUUUCUCCUUUGCCUUUCAGAAACUAAUGCAAUUUAAGUCUCUAACACACGUCACCACAGGAGAGGCCAUCGGUUUCUUCGCCAGCGACGUAAACUACCUGUUUGAAGGGGUGUACUAUGGCCCCCUGAUCUGUCUCAUCUGCUCGUUGCUGAUUGCCUGCACUGUCACCUCCUACCUCAUUCUUGGACCCACUACGCUCUCCGCCACUGUUUUCUACCUCCUGAUUUUACUAGUGGAGGUGUUCCUGAACAGAAAGAUUGUCAAGAUACACAAUCACACAUCUGAGGUCAGUGACCAGCGCAUCUGUGUGACCAGUGAAGUUCUCACCUGCAUCAAGCUGAUUAAAAUGUAUGCAUGGGAGAAACCAUUUGAAAAAAUAAUUAAAGACCUCAGAAGGAAGGAAAGGAAACUAUUGGAGAAGUCUGGGGUCAUCCAGAGCCUGACCACUGCAGCCUUGUAUGUAGCCCCUACAGCAGCCACUACAGUGAUGUUCCUCAUCCACACGUGUUUACAAAGGAAACUCACAAUUUCACUAGCCUUCACAGUGAUAGCCACCAUGAAUCCCAUGCGGCUCUCAGUGUUCUUUGUGCCCUUUGCAAUAAAAGGUCUCGCAAAUUCCAAGUCUGCAGCAGAGAGAUUCAAGAAAUUUUUCCUCCUGGAGAGCCCUGUUUUAUAUGUCCAGCCAUUGAAAGACCCCAGCAAUGCACUGGUUUUGGAGGAGGCCACCUUGUCAUGGCGAGACGCCUGCCCUGGGAUUGUCAAUGGAGCCUUGGAGCUGGAGAAGGGGCACAUUCCCGAGGGGGUGACCAGGGCUCAGCCACCUCUAGGAGCCCUCAGGCCAGAGGACACAAAGGGCAGCCUAGCCCCAGAGUUGCACAAGUUAAACCUCGUGGUGUCAAAGGGGACCUUGUUGGGGGUCUGUGGCAACACUGGAAGUGGCAAAAGCAGCCUUUUGUCAGCCAUCCUGGGGGAGAUGCACUUGCUGGAGGGCUCAGUAGGGGUGCAUGGAAGCCUGGCUUAUGUCCCCCAGCAGGCCUGGAUCAUCAGGGCUAGCGUCAGGGAGAACAUCCUCAUGGGAGGCCAGUACGACAAGGCCCGGUACCUCCAGGUGCUCCAUUGCUGCUCCCUGAACCGGGACCUGGAAAUUCUGCCCUUUGGAGACAUGACAGAGAUUGGGGAGCGGGGCCUCAACCUCUCUGGGGGGCAGAAGCAGAGGAUCAGCCUGGCCCGCGCUGUCUACUCUGACCACGAGCUCUAUCUGCUGGACGACCCUCUAUCUGCUGUGGACACCCACGUGGGGAAGCACAUCUUUGAGGAGUGCAUUAAAAAGAUGCUUAGGGGGAAGACUGUCAUUCUGGUGACCCACCAGCUGCAGUAUUUAGCAUUUUGUGACCAGAUCAUUUUGCUAGAAGAUGGGAAAAUCUGUGAAAAAGGAAUUCAUAGCGAAUUAAUACAGAAAAAGGGACGAUACGCCCAACUCAUCCAGAACAUGCAGGGAGAAGCCACACAGGACCCACUGCAGGACACAACAAAGACAGCAGAAGACUCUCAGGUGCAAGGGCAAGCCCAGACCACCUUCCAGGAAGAGUCUGUCUAUGAAAAUACUGUGCUGGAAAAUCAGCUCACAAGGAAGGAGAAGAUGAAAGAAGGGUCCCUGAGAUGGAGUGUCUACCACCACUAUAUCCAGGCAACUGGAGGUUACAUGGCCUCUGCCAUUGUUGUCUUUCUCAUGAUGGGGAUUGUCUUCUUCACAGUCUUCAACUUCUGGUGGCUGAGCUAUUGGUUGCAGCAGGGCUCAGGGACCAAUAGCAGCCAAGAGAGCAAUGGAACAACAGCAGACCCAGGCGACAUACUGGACAACCCUCAGCUGCCAAUUUACCAACUGGUGUAUGGCCUCAGUGUGCUGUUGCUAAUCUGCACGGGUCUCUGCUUCUCGAAGGCCUUCACCAAACUCACGAGGAAAGCAUCCACCGCCCUGCACAGCAAACUCCUUAGCAAGGUUUUAUGCUGCCCCAUGAGCUUCUUUGACACAACCCCAACAGGCCGACUCCUGAACUGCUUUGCAGGGGACUUGGAUCAGCUGGACCAGUUAUUGCCCGUUGUUGCUGAAGAAUUCUUAGUCCUGUUUUUGAUGGUGGUCGCCAUCUUGUUGGUUGUCAGUGUGCUGUCUCCAUAUAUCCUGCUGAUGGGAAUCAUAUUAGUUACUGUUUGCCUUAUUUAUUAUAUGAAGUUUAAGAUGGCCAUCAACAUGUUCAAGAGACUGGAGAACUAUAGCCGCUCCCCUCUGCUCUCCCAUAUCCUCACUGCUCUGCAGGGCCUGAGCUCCAUCCAUGUCUAUGGAAAAACUGAAGACUUCAUCAGCAAGUUUAAGAGGCUGAGUGAUAUACAGAAUAACUACAUGCUGAUGUUCCUGUCUUCCUCGAGAUGGAUGGCACUGAGGCUGGAGACCAUGACCAACCUGCUGACCUUGACUGUGGCCUUGUUUGUGGUUUUUGGCAUUUCCUCUGCCCCAUAUUCCUAUAAAGCUAUGGCUAUCAGCCUCAUCCUGCAGCUGGCAUCCAACUUCCAGGCCACUGCCCGGGUUGGUUCAGAGACAGAGGCAUACUUCACUUCCGCAGAGAGGAUGCUGCAGUACAUGAAGAUGUGUGUCCCUGAGGCUCCUUUGCACAUAGAAGGCAUGAGCUGUCCCCCUGGGUGGCCACAGCACGGAGAAAUCACAUUCCAGGAUUAUCAGAUGAAAUACAGAGACAACACACCCAUUAUCCUUAAUGGCAUCAACCUGACAAUUCAUGGCCAAGAAGUGGUGGGCAUCGUGGGAAGGACAGGCUCUGGGAAGUCCUCCUUGGGAGUGGCUCUCUUCCGCCUGGUGGAGCCUGCAGCAGGCCGGAUUCUCAUAGAUGGUGUGGACAUCAGCAGUAUUGCCCUGGAGGACCUGCGGUCCAGGUUCUCAGUUGUCCCUCAAGAUCCUGUCCUGCUUUCAGGAACCAUCAGAUUCAACCUAGACCCCUUUGACCGCUACACAGAUGAGCAGAUAUGGAAUGUCUUGGAGAGGACAUUCCUGAGCAUGACAAUCUCAAAGUUACCCCAAGGACUGCAAGCAGAAGUUGUGGAAAGUGGCAGAAACUUCUCUGUGGGGGAGAGGCAGCUGCUCUGCAUUGCAAGAGCACUCCUUCGCAACUCCAAGAUCAUCCUUAUUGAUGAAGCCACAGCCUCCAUUGAUGUGGAAACGGAUACCCUGAUCCAGCACACAAUCCAUGAAGCCUUCCAGGGCUGCACAGUGCUGGUCAUUGCACACCGCAUCACCACUGUGCUCAAUUGUGACCGCAUCCUGGUCAUGAGCAACGGGAAGGUUGUAGAGUUUGACAGGCCUGAGGUCCUGCAGCAGAAGCCUGGGUCUGUGUUUGCUUCCCUGUUGGCAACAGCCAAUUCUUCACUGAGCUAAAGGGGACCGGUGACUGCGUGGAGGCUGAUGGCACAGCCAAGUGCAGCUGUGAGGCCUGCUGUCUGUGACCUUCUUGUGUAGAGAUGGCUACUUCUCUUGAAAGCAGGGCUGAAACAUGCUCAAGGGUGCUGGUAAUGGGACAGAAAAGAAGAUUGAGGGGAGCAAAACCUGGAAUAGGCCACUCUGUGGCUCCCCAGACCUGAGAACCCCCGCACACCAUUUGAGACCAUGUGGACAAAUCAUCAUGUGCCUCUUUUUAACUGAUAUGUUGAGUAAUUUCAUAAUAAUGUGAAACUUUAUUAUGGUUUCUGGAUCUGUGUGAAAAGUAUUG